AUGGUGAUGGUGGAGACAGUUCUCCCUGUCGAUGAUGCCUUGGACGGUGCGAAAGUGUUCCACGUGGCAUGGAAUGGUGAUGGGGCCUUUCUGCUCGAACCCGUAUUCCUCUUCAGCUUCUUUCAGCAACUUCAUGAACAGUGGAUGGUUCAUGUACAUAACAGGGAUCACAAACCUCUGUUGCUCUUCCCCUUGCCCCACCAAGAUCGCCAAACACCCUUUUGGGAUGUCCUUCAGGUCCUUCUUCUCCUGGUGUUGGUGGUGGUGAAAGUGGAGAUGAGGAAUGUGCAAGUGAAAGCUCAUGUGGUAAUGAUGGUGAUGGUGUUUUGGAUUGUUAUGAUGAUCGCUGAGGAUCCCCAUAUUCAGAAAGAUCAAAAGAACGGGAUUAAAUCUGACGAGGGUUAUAAGAAAACGAGUGAGAAAGGCCAGGGAUCAGAGGAAGAUAUGGCGAGGUUGAAGAGGGUUAGGGAAGAGUCGGUGAGAGAUCUUGGGAUGUUUGCCAUUGUGACUGUGGCUCGCGUUGAAGAAUAA